UUAAAUAAACUUCCAUAUCUCUCUAGCUAUCUUCAUUCCCCACCACUUUCAGAUAUCUCUCCACCAUCUCCAAUAUGGCUCAAACACCCCCUCCAACUCCAAUUCCAACUCCAACUCCUGGUCCUACUUCAAUUAGAACAGUACUACUUCGUCACCAAAACCCUCCUGAUCAUGAUAUAAAUCCACCCCCUCAUGAUCUCAAUGUUAUGAUCAUUUUGGCAGCCAUUUGUUGCGCUUUUGUUUGUGCCCUCGGCCUCAAUUCCAUGCUCCAAUGCGUUUUUCAGUGCGUAAAUCGUGCCAUAACCGAACCAGUCCGAUGGGUCGCUUCACGUAGGCUAAAUUCAGGUCUAAAGAAGAAGGAAAUGGUAGCUUUGCCAACUUCAACUUAUUCGAACUCAUCAAGCUCUUCUCCAUCACCGUCAUCAUCUCCGGGCUGUGCUAUUUGUCUCGUGGACUUCUCCGAUGGGGACAAGAUUCGGGUACUGCCCAAAUGCAACCAUCGGUUUCAUGUUGUGUGCAUUGACAAGUGGUUGCAGUCUCACUCAUCCUGCCCUACUUGCCGGCAGAGACUCAAGUCUUCCAGUGAUUCCAUGCUCUCUCCAUCUGAGAUUGUCACAACCUAGAGCUCAGAUUGGUUGGAGUCAUAUCGAUCAGUAGUAUUUUGUAUUAUCAAAAUAUGUCAUUUUCUCUACUUAAGAUUCUGAUCCUUCCUUGUCGAGUUUAGAAUGAAAUUUUUUUGCAGCCUGCAACUAUGUAGAUUGCUAAUGAAAAUUCUAGUUUGGUAGUAUUAGUAUAGUAUGUUGUCAGUUUGUGUAAUACCUUAUUAUAAAGAUUGAUCUUAAAUAAUGGAAAGUUGGAAA